GGCCGCUGCCGCCGUCUUAAGCAUUCACCUGUUCUCUUCCUCCCUUCUUCACGAUGGACUACUCAAGGUUUUUAUCCAAUAAUGCAAAAGUGCGUAAACCGUCAUGGAUAACCCAGCUCAGGAGUUACAUGAUCAACCCUUCGCCGGACAUGCUGUGGCUGGCAGGCGGCCACCCGGACGCCUCUCUCUUCCCCUUCUCGGAAACGACGAUCACGCUGAAGAACGGACAGGAGAUACACCUCAAUCCGGACCUUAUGUCGACCAGUCUGCAAUAUGGCCCAGUUGAAGGACACACACCUCUGCUGAAGCACCUUUCGGACCUGACGCAGAAGCUCCACUCGCCUCCACGCUGGUCCGAGACGCGACAGCUCGUGACGGUGGGAGGCCAGGACGGCAUGGCCAAGGCCUUCGUCAUGCUGAUCGACCCCGGGGACUACGUGAUCGUCCCUGUGCCUUGUUAUGCUGGCAUCUUUUCUGAGCUAACAUCUUUAAACCCACAUUACCUUCCUGUUGAGGAGGAUGAGGAAGGAUUGAGAUCCGACUUCCUGAGGUCAACAUUAUCUCGCUGGAAGAACGAGAUCGGAGAGACGGAUUCGCAUAAGCGAUUGAAGUUUAUGUACACAAACCCGAGCGGCAGUAACCCCUCGGGAACGAAUAUGAGUGAGAAACGACGUCGAGAGAUUUACGCCCUUGCCUGCGAGUACGACUUCCUCAUCCUCGAGGACGACCCUUACUAUUUCCUCCAGUUCCAAGAUGACUUCCCGCCGAGCUUCCUGAGCCUGGAUACCGAGGGUCGUGUGUUGAGGUUCGACUCCUUCUCCAAGACCGUAAGCGCGGGACUGCGAGUGGGAUACGUGACGGGGCCCGAGGUUCUCGUGGAGAAGAUUAGUCAGCAUAUUAUGGCCACAGUGAUGGGCGGGUCCAGUUUGUCUCAGGUGUUAGUGAACGAACUCUUUCACAAAUGGGGCAUAGAGGGGUUCCUUCGUCACGUGAAAGAAGUGCGAGAUAUGUACCGCAAGAGGAGAGACGCUGCAUUGUCGGCGGCAGAAAAACAUCUCACUGGUUUAUGCGAGUGGCGAAAGCCCGGAGGUGGGAUGUUCUUGUGGCUCAAGGUUCCCAAAGUGAAGGACACCCAAGCCAUGUUGCUAGAGCGAGGUACAACUAAAAACAUCCUGCUGGUCCCUGGCAACGGCUUCACCACCAGGCCAGAGCUUCCCUGCCAGUACAUGAGGGCUUCUUACUCGACUGUCCAACCCGAGCAGAUGGAUAAGGCUUUCCGCAUACUUGCGGAGGUGAUAAGAGAAGAGAUACAACUUCAAAAUAAUGCAUAAUGAUAGGAAUCUUGACAUCGAAAUAAAGAAAAAAAUCCAUA